AUGUCCGGUUACCCCUACAACUCGCCCGGUUACGGCUACGAUUAUGGUGCCCAACCAUCGCAACCCUACUCCUCCGCCCCUUACGGUGCUCCACCGCCAGGCCAACCAUACGCCGCCCCCUACGCCCCAGCCGCCACCCCAUAUGCCACCCCCUCAGCACCAGCUGCAACCCCAUAUGCCAACCCCUCAGCCCCAUACGGUGGUAAGCCAAAUAAACCCCCAAAGGAAAACAAACCCUCCGCCGCAUACGGUGCUUCAUCACCACCGUCCUCGGCUUCUGGGUAUCCUCCUCCGUCGGCGCCGUACGGCAGCCCCUUCGCUUCUCUUGUGCCGUCGGCUUUCCCACCCGGCACCGAUCCCAAUGUAAUUGCUUGUUUUCAGAUCGCUGAUCAAGAUGGAAGUGGGUUUAUAGAUGAUAUGGAGUUGCAGAGGGCUUUGUCUUCUUAUAAUCAGAGUUUUAGCCUCAGGACUGUUCAUCUUCUCAUGUAUCUCUUCACCAGUACCAACACCAGAAAGAUCGGGCCAAAGGAAUUCACUUCAGUUUUUUACAGUUUACAGAGCUGGAGGGCUAUAUUUGAGAGAUUUGAUAGGGACAGGAGUGGCAAAAUUGAUCCCUCGGAAUUGAGAGACGCCCUCCUAAGCUUGGGGUUUGCAGUUUCGCCUCCAGUUUUGGAGUUGCUGGUCUCUAAGUUCGAUAAAACUGGUGGAAGGAACAAGGCCAUUGAAUAUGACAAUUUCAUCGAGUGCUGCCUCACUGUUAAGGGGCUAACCGAGAAAUUCAAGGAGAAGGACACUGCUUACUCUGGAUCGGCAACUUUCACAUAUGAGUCCUUCAUGAUCACUGUUCUACCUUUCCUUAUUGCAUAAUUGUGAAAGUUCGUGUUAUAAUAGAUAGUGCUUUUGUCACUUGCUGCAUAGGUGCUUGCAACUUUUUCAUUAGAUUGGCUGAGUUUUGUGUUGAGAUGUUAUUUAUGUUUUAGUUGUAAUGUGUAAGGGUUACUGGAUUCUUUUGAAGAACUAUGAAAUACAAUGCUUUCCAACCUUGUAACGUUUUGGGUGCAUUAGUUUUCUUAGAUUGUCCAAAGUUUUUGUUCUGGGUUUGUGGCUCUCUACCACAAAGUAAUCCCUUUGUGGAAGCUUUACCAAUGUAGGAUCUAAGGCUGGAAAUGCAGAUUCCUUUUCUCAAUCACAAUAAUUAGUAGGCAUGAAUCUCAAAAUCUGCAAUGAAGAACUAUGAAAUGGAACGCGUUCUGAGCUUUUAAGGUUUUGG